UCGAAGGGUGGUUUUCGCUUAGAGAAAUUCGCGGAAUACAUAUAUCCGAGAGUAUCACGUCGAUUACAACGAUUUUUUCAUCCAUCCCCUCGUGAUAGUUUCAAUAUAGUAAAUUCCGAUCGUUUUUGACCGACUGGAACAAUAGCUUCGUGUUCGUCGAUUUGCGUGUACGUCGAGUGAGAGAAAAAAACAGUUUGACUUCUUCUUCGGCCGUCAUUUCCGGGCAAGCUUUCUGGAAUUCUUCGGAAUAACCAUGGAUAUACGUUAUUUUGGAAAUUGUUGGGAAAAAAUUGGAAAUGAAGAUUUGAAAAGAAAUAGAACUAUACGUGAUUUUGGAAAUGGUUGGGAAAAAAUUGGAAAUGAAGAUUUGAAAAAAGAAUUUGAUAAAAGAAAUAGAACUAUCGACUUGAGUGUUGUGUUCGGAACAGAUCGAUCGAAAUCUCGCAGCGAAACGGACAAUCACUACUCAACGGUAAAACCCAAAUGCAGGAAAGCUGGUCACCUGAUGAAUACACAGACUAAACAUGGGUCGCGUUGUACGAGAGUUGCUCCUACUCCCUGUGUAAAUUGCCGUUCGUUGCAAAAAAAUUCGAAUUACAAUCAUCAGAAUUUUUUAGAUUUAAAUAUAGUCGAUCUAUUAAGAUCGACUAGAUCUUUGAGAGCGGAUCACAGUCAGUGCAGCAGCAGUUCCCUCGGAUCUUCCGCCGACAGUCCACCUGGUUCUUGCGGCGACAGUCAACCCGGCUCGUCAGACGAAAGUACAGUCAAUCAAAAUUCACCGCGUCAUCGGUUGAACUGUUGUUCGCCCGAUCGACGUUUUCAGCGAUUUGAAUCAAACAUCGCAAACACGCCGGAAAUGUUUCCGAAUGAUCAGAACAACGAACGUCAGGACUACGAGAAACAUGGAGAUUUAAAUAUGAAUUUUAUUAAUAGGAGGAUCGACUUGAUUUUCAACAGUUUUGGACAAUCGAACGAUUUAGGAAGAACUUAUAUUUCGAAUUUACUGGAUGCAGAUGUAUUCAAUAAUAAAUCAUCAACAAAGAAAGAAGAUAAGAUUAAACAACAGUCGCUUGUCUGCGGACAGACAACUUGUAACUCGAGUGGCCUGUGGGAUUUGGGCGUUGUAUCAUCGACAAAUGAGUCAGGAAUAGAAGAUCAUCAUUCACCUAAUGCAAACACCUCGCACCUGAUACCGUUGCAUUCCGACAAAUUGCAUUUUUGCCCUCAGUCACUUUACUGUAAUACAUGCAGCAAAUACAUCUGCGAGGACUGCGCAGCUCUUUGCGUUCGCAACCACGUGACAGUCGAGCAUAUAGAAUUCUUGGACACUCUCCAGCAGCAAAUUAAAGAUGUAUUCAACGAAGGUUAUCUUGGAAUUGAUGUCCUUACGGAUGACAUAAAAGAAGUCAAGGAUGAGUUACGUAACUUGCAAGUAAAAGCAAAAGAUCAGAAAACUAAUGGGUUUUACGAAGAACCUUUUUAUUCUCAUAUAUUAUACAAGCGAUAUGAGAUUUUGCAAGACGAUUUAAACCAAUUGAGAGAAGCGAUACGAGAUCUCGAACGUAAUAAUCGCAUCUCAGUGCAUCCCAAUAAACUUAUACAACUGAAAGAUCGAGUAUUAGCUGAGAUCUGGCGAAUACGUCAAAACCGGAGAACAAAGAUCCGUCCCGGCAGAGAAAACAACCCCUUGCUGAAGAAUUACAGAUUGCCGCAGUCGUUCUUCCCAUAUGACACGACCGACAGUCGAUCGAAAUAUCCAAUCCCGCGUGGUCGUCCGAUCAUGGGCUACGAUCACGACAUAAAUCUUUCUAAUCGAGUUGACAAUCAAGUCCAGAGCACCGAUAUCCUGAUUAUCGGCCACUUUGGCGAGGAAGAUGCUCAGAAUCUGUGUCGUCCUUGGGGCGUGACCGUCGACACGGAAGGGAACAUAAUAGUCAGCGAUAGAUCAAACAACAGAAUACAAAUUUUUCGAGGAGACGGCGUCUUAAUCAGGAGUUUUGGCGAUUACGGUAACGGCAACUGCCAAUUUAACAAGCCGGCCGGGAUCGCGGUGGAUGCGAUGAAACGAAUAAUUGUUGCGGAUAAGGACAACCAUCGCAUCCAGAUAUUAACGAUGGAAGGUGCGUUUUUAAGAAAAUUCGGCGAGUACGGCGAUAAAGACGGGUGCUUCAAUUAUCCGUGGGAUGUAGCAGUUAAUUCAACGUGCGAGAUUGCGGUCACCGACACCAGGAAUCAUCGGGUACAGCUGUUCACCGCCGAAGGAGUGUUUUUACGCAUGUUCGGCGGCCAAUCAAAAUAUUUGGACUCGCCCCGCGGCGUUUGCUUCAACAAGGAGGGAAAUCUUCUGGUAACAGACUUCAACUAUCAUCACGUGCUGAAAAUCGACUACGACAUGGAACAGGCGCGCGUAGUCCGAUGCGACAGCGAAUUGAGGAUCUUGAAAGGAGACAACAGCAAGGAGAAUGUAGAAAGUGCACCAUUUCAGCGACCGCAAGGAAUAAUCGCGGCGGACGACGGCAGUUUCCUCGUUGCGGACUCCCGUCACAAUUCCAUCAAGGCGUUCAACUCGCUCGGACAUCUGAUGUACGUAUACAAUCCGGGACUGGAGGAAAUAAAUCGGCCACUCGGUUUGGCGCUUUACACUGACGGCAGAAUAGUUUUCACCGAUAAUGGCCAGAAUUACGUGCGUUUGGUCAAGCUGACUAAUCACGUAAAUCCAAUCAGGAGGAAUACCAUCAUGUUCGGCUGACGGUCUAGAUUUAUUGACGAGAUAAAUUUCUAUAAGUAAAUGUAAUUGGAACAAGUAGAUUUUAUCUGAUAACAAGGUAAUUUUAACGGUAACAUACGAUAACAAAGUUUUCUUUGAUAUUUUUAUCAACUCCGAAUGAAAAGCUUUUAUUUUUUUAUGAGUAAUAUUUUAGUUUUUGUGCGUGUGUACGCAUUGUCAAAACUUUAUACAUACGAAUUAUUGUACGAACAGAAUGCUUUAACAUAUAAUUGUAUCGAGUUUUUUAUAUUUCAAUUUUGUAUACACAUCUUUUCUAAAUAAUCCAUUAUACGACGAUUGUUGAUUAUUCAAAAAAGACACUGAGAAAUUUUUCUUUGAAUAAAAUUUGAGGAUAAUCCAGUUAAAGGGUUUUAUUUUUUGUUAUAACAAGUUACGCAUACGAGAACACAAAUUACCGUGUGAAGUGGAUUGACGAAAUAUAAAAAAAAAAAGAGAAAAAAAAAAGAUUCAGGUACAUGAUGAUUAGCAAUUACGAUAAGUUUUAAAUGUAAUUAAUUUUUAUCAUUGACGACUAAAGACGUCUUCCUUCUUACGCGGUUUGUUAUUUCUUGAAAAGAAAAAAAAAAGGAGAAUAGACGAGGAAAUAUAUCCAUGACAUCGAGUUUUCAUCUCCCAAUUUAACGCGCGUUCAUUUUUUUUUUUUCUCAAUCUGUGAAGAGAGGGAAAUAAAAAGUAUAUAUACAUGUAAUAUUACAAUUAUUAUGUGCUACAAGUUACGGGAUUGUCGCAAGAGUAACUUGUGAGUUUAUCGUAAAGAUAAUUGUGUUUAAUAAUGUUAGACGAUAACAUUUACCAAUUAAUUGUUAUCACGCAUACGGGUGAAAUGAGUACAAACUUGCAUGGGUGUGAGUAUGUAUGAGGGAGAGCGUAAAAAAUAGCUUGUGAGAAGAAGAGAUGGAUUUUCAAGAUUGUUUGAGAUUAAUAUUCUAGUUGAAUCAACAUGCACUUGUAUACAAAUAAUGCAGUUGUAAAAAUAAAAUAGAGUUGUACUCAACGAAUUAUACAACAUCGGUGUGUAUAUAUAUAUAUAUAUAUACAUAUAUAUAUGUAUAUAUCACACAAAAGUCCAUUAACUCUCGUGCAAAUCCGUUCCGAAGUUCUGCAAUAUUUCUUUCAACGGCUAUAAAAUAAAUAAAUAUAUUUCCAUAGUACAUAAGCAUUUUUGAUGUAGAACAGUCAAUGUCGUAUUCUAAGAUAUACGGAUGUGAUGAUUGUU